AUGUUUCCCGGGACACAGGGGAGCGAAAGCAAAGCCUAUGACGUGGAAACCCAGCGUGCCAUCGAAGGAGACGCGCAUUUUCAUCGUCUUAGCUGGCGGCGCCUAACCGUGGUCCUCAUCGUCGAAGCCAUUGCCCUAGGGAGUCUCAGUUUGCCUGCAGCAUUCGCAACGCUAGGCAUGGUGGCAGGCGUGAUUCUCUGCAUUGGCAUUGGCCUUGUGGCCAUGUAUGCGAGUUAUAUACUUGGAGAAGUGAAACUUCGAUAUCCUGAAGUUGCGCACUAUGCGGAUAUUGGAAGGUUGAUGAUGGGAGGAGUCGGGUCGACAUUGUUUAGCAUCAUCUUUGCCUCGCAGCUGAUUCUUAUUACGGGAUCGCAUUGUCUUACAGGUACGAUUGCCUUUGAAACUAUUACUGGGAGUGGAGUCUGUUCUCUUGCUUUUGGGGUUGUUUCUGCUAUUAUACUCUUUUUAUUGGCAAUUCCACCGUCGUUUACAGAGGCAGCCAUCUUGGGGUACAUCGAUUUCGCCUCCAUCAUCAUUGCCAUCGGCAUCACUAUGAUUGACACUGGUAUUCAGAGCUCAUCUCAGCCUGGAGGCUUAGGGGCUUCAACUUGGUCUGCUUGGCCUCAGAAGGAUUUGACAUUUUCAGAGGCGAUUGUUGCGGUCAACAGUAUUGUUUUCGCAUACGCCUUUGCCGGUGCUCAGCCUUCUUUCAUGGACGAGAUGCACACGCCAAAGGAUUAUAUCAAGUCCAUCUGGUGGCUUGGAAUUAUCGAAGUUGUUAUCUAUACUGUCACAGGAGCUGUCAUCUAUGCUUUUGUGGGUCAAGACGUCCAGUCGCCUGCCUUGUUGUCGGCUGGGUCAGUCGUUUCUAGGGUCGCAUUUGGCGUGGCACUUCCCGUCAUUUUCAUUUCAGGCUCGAUCAACACCACUGUUGUGGCUCGCUUUAUUCAUGGCAGGAUAUAUAGAAACUCUGUCGUCCGUUAUGUGAAUACGGUCCGAGGCUGGGUAUCCUGGCUGGCAGUUGUUGGGCUUGUGACGUUGAUUGCAUGGAUCAUUGCCGAAGCAAUUCCCUUCUUUUCGGAGCUGUUGUCUAUCAGUUCUUCCCUUUUUGUGUCUGGACUUUCAUUUUAUCUACCACCUGUGAUGUGGUAUAUGCUACUUAAAGAGGGGAAGUGGUACGAGAAACAGAAUUGGAAGAGUGCCUUUUUUAAUGGCAUCGUCUUCAUUAUUGGCAUGAUUAUCCUCGUCUGUGGCACUUAUGCGAGCAUGGUCGAGCUAAUUCACAAGUUCCAGAGACAUGCCAUAAAUAGGCCAUUUACAUGUCAGUCGCUUGCCUAA